AUGCUCCCCUUGUCGCUGCUGAAGACGGUCCAGAAUCACCCUGUGCUGGUGGAGCUGAAGAAUGCGGAGACGUACAACGCGCACCUGGUGAGCUGUGACAACUGGAUGAACAUCUACCUGCGGGAGAUCAUCUACACAUCCCGGGAUGGGGACAAGUUCUGGCGGAUGCCCGAGUGCUACGUCCGCGGCAUCACUAUCAAGUACCUGCACAUCCCUGAUGAGAUCAUCGAUAUGGCCAAGGACGAGGUGGUGGCCAAGGGCAGAGGAUUUAGAGAUGUUAACCAUCCUGUAGUACUGAUUACAGGUGAUGAUACUUUUACACUUGCAAAAAAUUUUUAA